GUGAAGGAACAUGUCUCGCGAUGCUUAGGAGCAAACGACGCGCAGUAGAAGACUAAGAACGAUGUGCAAGGCGAACUCUCGCGAUAACCCAAUUGUGUGAAGCUUGGAUUAUUUUUUAGCCGGCUGCUGCUGGAGCUAGUCCCGGUCUUUCCCCACUUUUCUUGCCUGCCUCGUAGUUUCCUCAUGGGUUCGUUUGGUGGGUCGCCGCCUCCUUCUCCUUUCCAUGGAGCUGUCGCUGUUUAGGAAGGCGACGGAGCAGACGGACGACGAAGCAGGAUUGCGGGGGCCUCGCCAGAUCCCACCCCGCCAGCUCUGUGCGCUGGCUGGAGAGGAAUGAGUGGUUACCAUCGAAAUGAGUUGCACAAUUGAGAAAGCUCUAGCUGAUGCCAAAGCACUAGUUGAGCGACUGAGAGAACAUGACAAUGCAGCAGAAGCUCUAAUUGAACAAACUACAGCUCUUAACAAACGAGUGGAAGCAAUGAAGCAGUACCAGGAAGAAAUCCAAGAACUUAAUGAAGUGGCAAGACAUAGACCCCGCUCUUCUUUGGUACUGGGUAUCCAGCAGGAAAACAGGCAGAUCAGGGAACUGCAACAAGAAAAUAAAGAAUUACGUACUUCUCUUGAAGAACAUCAGUCUGCAUUGGAGCUAAUAAUGAGCAAAUACAGAGAGCAGAUGUUCAGACUGCUCAUGGCUAGCAAAAAGGAUGAUCCAAGUAUAAUAAUGAAGUUAAAAGAGCAGCACUCCAAGGCAGUAACUCUUUUAAAAAAAAAAUCUGAGCUACAAGUGCAUGUGGACCAAAUCACAGAAAUGGCAGCAGUAAUGCGAAAAGCCAUUGAACUAGAUGAGCAGCAGGGUUGCAAAGAACAGGAACGUAUUUUUCAGCUUGAACAAGAAAACAAAGGUCUUAGAGAGAUCCUGCAGAUAACCAGAGAAUCAUUCCUGAAUCUCAAAGACGAUGCAUCAGAAAGUACGUCUUUGUCGGCACUGGUAACAAACAGCGACCUGAGCCUGAGGAAGAGUUGAAGGUUCUGUGGAGACUUUGUAUGACCACUGCACAUAUAAUAGUUUCAAGUACCAGGGUUCACUUGUCAAGCAGCUGUUUGCCAGUGGGGUAUUGACAAGUAAAUGCAUCCUAAAUAAAUGGGUUUGAUACUUUUUAUACAUGUACAGUACAUUAAAAAUGACUUAUUUAAAAUCAUCAGUGUCCAAUGCUAGCUAAUUGCCAUAGACAAUUUCUGUAGAAAACUGGCUAAUAAUAUGGAUGUUUUGUAUGAAACUGUUCAGAAAGACUGAUGAACAAAGCUGAUGUUUAGAAGGUUCAAAGUACUGCUUAGGCAGGUGGUGUACAAAUAUACAUAAGCAGACAUUGCUGCAUCUAGAGUUCAUUUACUGCAUUGUUGACACAAACAUAUUCCCCUCCAGGAUUUAACUCUUAGGGAAAAUCAGUUUUGUAGCAGAAUGGACUUGCACAACACUGAUUGGCUGACACCAUGUAGUUCCUUCUCACUCUCCCUGAGCAGUUUUACCUAAGUUUGUACAUAGAUUAUGGUUUGUUUGUUUUUUAAGGUGGCAAGUAAACUGAUAAUGCAUACAUGUUCAUAGGUCAUCUCUUUUUUCCAAGCACUGUCAGUUUAUAAGAUUCUAACCCUAUGAGCAGGCAUGGAAGGGGUAGGUGACAGCUACCAGCCAGCAGUCACUGUCAUAAAUAGCCAGCUCUUCAGCAAAACUUGUAGAGCUGGUAAAGGUGGAGAGGAGCUGGGGUUGCCCUGUCAGUAGAAUAAACUGCAGUGUUGGUUAGCAGGUAUAUCUGUGUUCAUCCUUAUUUAAUUGGGUCUCAGAUCAGUCUGUAGCUGACACCAGAUAGAACUCUGGCACAUCCAGUGCACUUUCUCAUAUUAGUGGCCUUUCAAAAAGGAACUGCUGAUAGUAACUUGCAGUGAAAGUUGUUUGUACUUCUGUGAAACUACAGAUUUCAUUUUGUAUUACACCAAAUAAUUGGUUUAAAAACAUGUGGCUUGCUUUUUAAAAUUUACCUAAAAUAAAUUGAAAUAUACAACCACAGACUUACUAAUACACCAAAUCAAUGGAUGUAUUUGAGGUUCUAAGUGCGCUCCUGUGCAUUUGUUCAGAGAAACCUAUGAAAUGCUUAUUUUCAGUAGGUACAUGUGAAGCAUUCAAUUUUUCUCCAUCUUAAAUAAGAGGCUCAGAUCUCAAGAACUGUGGUUUCCUAUCCAUUUAGGGGGCUUUUGUACCCCCUCCCUCAAUGCAGACCAGUGUUCCCUCUAACAGGGCUUCCCAGAUGUUCACUACAACUCUCAAAAUCCCAGCAAAAAGCCAUUGCAGCUGGAGAUUCUGUGAGUUGUAGUCAAUAACAUCUGGGAAACCCUGUUAGAGGGAACACUGGUGCAGACCCUUGGAUGCCCCUGAAAAGCCAGUUCUGAGAACUCCAGAAUUGUGUGCAAAGGUGCGGUGGGAUGAGCUGACCCCUUCCACAGUGACUUGUAUUCAAUGGCCUGGAUCCAAGGAACCAUGUAACUAGUUGUGUGCUCAAGGGAGACUUGUUUCCUGAACUAUAAUGCCCCCAUACUGCAUGGCAAACUUACUUUGAAAUUGAGGAAAGUUUGAUAUGCAUGGAGAUUUGACACUCCAAAGGAAGAAGUUGAAUGUUCUACUGGACAUGCCAAAGCCCAUGGGUGUGUUUAAGUAGCUCUCUAGAUCCCAGCCUAUGCAUGGGACAAUUUGGAUCUAAUCUUAAAUAUAGAGACUUCUCAUGUAUUAAAUAAGUUCAGAUUUCAGUUUAAAUAGUAAAAGAACAACAAAAAGUUCAUUGGAAUUGUUUCUAUACAGCAGGAACUGUAGCCUAACAAACGAUUGCUGCUGAGUUAUAGCAGUAUGGGAGAAUACACUUGAUCUAGUAUGUUCCUGAACAGAUACCAACUUAAAAGUUUGGGAAAGUAGAAGAUUUUACUCAACAGUUGAGGCAGCCUGGCUGAAAAGUUGGACUUUAGUUUUGCAUAAUGCAAGUUGUGCUUCAUUGUAAGUUCUUCUUGCAACCUUGUACUGAGCAAGUGGAAAUCUUACUGCAGGAAUGUAUACAAUAGUGUUUUGGUAAAACACAAACAUGGGAUAAGUCUCUUGUGGUAGUACAUUCAAAAAUGAAACUUGCUUGUAUCAUUAACAAAAGAGGUCUUAAUCUCCAUUAUCAGGAAAAGGGUAGUUGGAUAGUGCCAACUAUCCUCUGUUGGCACUAUACCUUCACCAAGCAUAUGUGCAGACAUUAGUCAAUUCAAACUGCUAUUUCAGUCCCAAAUAUUUGCAUUGGUUUAUAAUGCUGGGGAAAUAACAAAGUAGGGUUUUAUAAGACAAACCUGCUAAGUGUAGGACUAGUUUUCAUUAAUUAAACUUCCUUUUGCCUCGGUACAAUGUAGUCUGGAACCAUAAUUUGCUGUAGUGCACAUAAUUGUGUUAGGAACUAAAGAAUGUCAAAGAAUAAUUGAAAAAAAUCUAUUUGCUUAUUGGUGAAUAAUUCAGUGUACACUCCAUGGGAUAAGAAUGCAUAGUUUAUAAUUUUGUGCUUGGAAAUUGGUAAUCUGACUUUCCCAAACCAUGUAGAUAAAAAAUUAGUUUAAGCACAAAGUUUUGUAUAACUUUUCCCUUGGGGAUGAGUAGAAUUUCUGGAAGCUUAUCCCUUUGUACAUCAAAUAUUUUUGUAAAUAGUUUUACUAAAACUUAUUUUCUCUAUAUUUAAAGUGUAGGGUCAGAACAAUCCCUCUUGUAUUUGAUACAAUACUGUCUAAAGAGAGUGUCUUCCCUAGAAGUUUUAUUUUGUAAAGGUGGAAUCCAAAGUUGUGUGGUAGAUGUAGUUAACUCAUUAGUAAUUCAUUAUGAAAAGAAAAGCUUGACUGUUGAUUUGUAAGUGUAAAUUGUGACUUUCUAGUUCAAGUAUUUUGGUGGCUCAAGUAUCAUCCUUGUUCCUUGCCCAAAGCAGCAUAAUUUAAAACUAUUUUCCCUUUCUACAGCAUGAGUCGUUUUGAUGUCUUUUGUAAUGCAGAUGCUUGAAAUGAACUUACAGAUGGGAAUGCAUCCUGUACAGUAAACUUAUUUUUAUCAGUAAA